AUGCCAUUUGAAGACAGUGCGAAGCUUCGCACAGUGUCAUUGGGAGGCUUCAAAAAUGUGAUGCUCAAUGAAGAAUACUUGGAGGGCCCCAACUCUGACUUCUUGAUGCAAGGGCGGGAGACCUACUGGCAAGCAUCUGGCCAGUACUUCAUGUAUUAUUGCCAACGCUUCCGCAAGUGGCGCAUUGCUGAAAUCAGUGCAUUCAGCAGGAAUAUGGAUGGCCAGUGCUUUGCUUUUGUCUCAGAUGCAUAUCCACAUAGAGAUAUUUUGAACAAGACCAUGCUGAAGGGCUUUAUCGAGGUCGAAGAUGGAGAGUGGGUCAGCAGAGAAGAUGCUGGAGUGGUAGCUUUGGGGAAGCUAGGAGAUCAAAUGGAUGUAAGUGAAGAUGAAACCGAAGACGAAGUAGCAGAGUCAGAAGGCUCAGGAGACCCAGAGACUUGUGCGAAUGCAGGGACGGAGGAAGCACCGGCGGCGGACUCCAAGUGCCCAGUCAUGCCAGUUGUCAGGAAGGCCCGGGACAAAGCUUUGCAGGUUGCAAAAGCAGCGGGAAAAUGGGCUCGAAGGCUUUUCCCGAAGUAUCUGGGAGCCCCUGAUGAAGAUGAUGUAGAUGCAGAUGAUGAACAUAAUCCUCUUUUUCCUUCAGGCAAUUGCGAGAUCAAAACUCUAACCGGCUGCAACUUUAAGGAGCAGUUUUUCCUCCAAAAGCAGCGAAACCGAACUUUGGAGGAACAACGAGCAGAGAUGCAGCGACUGCAGACCAUGGAGGAUGUUGUGAUGAAGCCAAACCAAAAGGCUUGGCUGACAACACGUCUCAGCAUUCUCAAACAACUCAUUGAGGUCAGUCAAGUUUUCUUAAACAGCUUCUUGCUGAGCUCAGCUGGCGUCUUGCUGAGCUCAGCUGGUGCACAGGAGGAAAGCCGCGCUCCUGAUGCGCUUGAACGCUUGCCCUCAGACAUGUGGUUUGAUGGGCAGGUGGGUGACUUUUUGCCCACAGGUGUUUUUGUGCAUGUGCUAAGAGAUCCUCGCGAGAAGCCACUUUUGGGCUUUUUGCCAUCAUUCCUGUUCGAAACAGGAUUUGAGCUGGAAGCAAUCCGUGGAAAGAGAAUCAAAGUCAGAAAAGAAAGCUUCAAUCCUGGGAAAGGUUUGCUGUUGUUCUGUGCGUCCAGCAUAUUGGACGAAGUGUGCCUCCAUUCCGCUGAAGUUCACACUUCAGCCAAAGGUUUUCAAUCCUCACGGGUUGACUUUUGGAGGCAUUUGCUCAGACAUGCAGAGUUCUAUUGCCGAAACCAGGAUCAGGGCAGCUUGGCAACGACUUUGGGACCUCCGUGCCCUAUGCUGAACUACAUGCACCAGCAUGGCUGCAGCAUUCGCAGCAAGUUGGUUCGCCAUGAUGGUGGGGCAGCACUUGGUGGGGGCAAAAUUGUCCUUGCGCUACCCGGUCAAAAGCAGGUAGAAACAGCAAUAAUCAUUAAAUUUGGACGUUCACGCCAAGAAGACAAGGCUACAAUUUGCGUCUCAUCUCAGGCCGGUUGUGCUAUGGCCUGCCGCUUUUGUGACACAGGAUUACUAGGUUCAGAGGGUGGUACUGGUGGUAUCAAUCUACCAGCAUGGGCCAUUCUUGAGCAGGUUCUUUAUGCUCAAGCGUGGUUGCAGCGGGAAGGUAUAUUUGGGAAAAGCAAUGUUGUUUUUUAUGGGCAUGGGCGAGCCUCUCUUGAACUAUUCCAAUGUGCUUGGUGCAGCUCGACUCUUGUGUGCCUCAGAUCACAAGACCACAAUUUCCACCGUGGGGGUCGUGCCUCGCAUCCAGAGUCUGGCCAAAGAUGCACCCGAUGGACUUCGCCUCGCAGUCUCUUUGCAUGCUCCCUCACAAGAGUUGCGAGAAGAGCUUCUGCCAGUGGCGGCAAAGUCCUGGCAAUUGGAAAGUCUAUUGUUUGCAGUGAAAUGCUUUGA